UUAAAGGCUCAUAAAUGUUUCAAUGAAAUGCAAAUGUAUUUAUCCAAUAAAAAUACGUUUGUGUGUUCUAGUCUAUUAAAGGCUCGUAAAUGUUUAUCCACUAAAAAUACUUUUUUGUGUUCUAGUCUAUUAAAGGCUCGUAAUGUAUCGAUCAAGGUUCUUUUUUGACCUAACAUGUUAUCUAAGAACUGUGUACACUUUAUUAGUGGCACGCUGGGUUCCAUCGUGCGCUAACAAUAAAUGAUGCGUUAUAAUGGUGCUUGGUUGAUGUGUUUCGAAGCAUGUGUUGCAAUGUAUGGCCUGGGUUACGUCUCAAGGUUAAUGAAUGAGAGAAACGAUCCGUCGGUGGUUAGAGGUUCGGGAUCAAAGCGACUAACAAAAGAGUGUGACAAUGGCGCCACAAAUGAAUGAAAUGAUUUUACAUGAACGAAACCCUUGCCUCUUCCGCCUUUGCGUUUCCGGAAACCCUUCUCCCAGCGCCGCUUAAUCGAAUUCUUAGCCUAGCGCCACCCAAGACAGCUUCUCGCGGACGGCUGUCCUACGAUGGUGGGUCAUGAUGAGGGUGGAGAAGACCUCUAUGUCUCAAUUCCGCUUGGUGGUCCAAUAUAUGUCUCUGAUCUCGUUGGUCCGCUCACAAGAGUCCCACACUUUGAAACUAGUGUAAUUCAAGAACUUGAGGUUUGCUUGUUGAGUUUGAAAGAAGAGGUAUAUGGAGACACUGCACAGGUUUGCGAUGAAGAUACGUCGGUUGAUGAACUCAAAAUAAUUCAGGAGGAUGAGUUAGUCAAUAAAGCAUUUGAAGAAGCUUUCAAGGUCGAUGAACUGGCUAUAGGUGAUCCACAUGUUUCAGAAGAGUGUUUGAGCCCCAGGUCAGAAGAGGACAAGAAGGCUAUUGUUUUAAGCAAAUCAAACAAAGGCCCGCCUGGGAAGAGGAAGAAGAGAAAGGGUGGUAGCAAAAAGAAUAACUCUUUUGAUGAGAGCUAUAUUGUAAAGGUGGAGCAGCUAGCUAGAAUUAAAUUAAAACAAGAAGAAGAUAAAGCGUGUGUUAGAUUGCAUUCCUUCAAUAAUUCCAUGGUGCCUGGACAUGGAGUAAAUGCAAAAGCUGAUAAAAUAAGACCUCUGAAAUCUGGCAGUGUGUCAAAAAAGCAGGUGAAAGCCUCAAGUACUGGUAGUGAUUUGCCUGUGCAAUUUCCUGAGGCUGUCCUCAGUUUUGAGGUUUACCAUAACAAAAAGACAUCUUUGAAGACUCAAGAAUUCCUGGUUCUGGGACGGCAAUUUUUGACUGAAGUUAAAGACAAAAUAUAUUGUUUGACAGAUGAGAUAAUGGAGAAGGCCGGGAAGUAUGAUCCUUCUGGAUACUUUCUAAUAGAAGAUGUUUUUUGUAAUGACAUGAGGGAGUCCUCGUCCGUGGACUACAGCGAAACCAUUCUUGAUUGGCUCAAAAACUCCAAGAAAGAUGCACUUGAAAAGUUGGAAUUCAUUGUUGCCGGUGAUUUGCGACAGAAACAAAAGGCCCUUUUGGGCAGUGACAAUAAGCAGCAGCUGCCAAGAUUCAAAUCUCUUCAUAUGCAGAGUACAAGAUUUUGUGACUUAAGUUUCCGACUUGGUUCUGGGUAUCUUUACUGUCAUCAGGGGGAUUGCAAGCAUUUAAUUGUAUUACGGGACAUGAGACUUAUACAUCCGGAGGACGUACAAAACCGAUCAGCUUAUCCACUGAUGACGCACGAGCCAAAGCUGCAUUUCAAGAAAUGCUCGGUAUGUAAAAUUUACAGAGCAGAAAAAGUGACUGUGGAUGACAAAUGGACCUCAGAAAAUCCCUGUUGCUUCUGUGAUAUUUGUUAUUAUAUGCUUCACUAUGUAAAUGGAUCUUUGCUUUAUAGUGAUUUCAGUGUCUAUGAUUAUCAUCAUGAUUAAUUGUUAUCGAAACAAUAUCAGAAAAUAACAAAAGCAAAGGAGAGAUAGCUUUUCUUUUAUUAAA